CAACCCAAUGGCCGUCGCGUUAUGAUAUGUCACAUCAAAGGUUGGAAGUUUCCCCCACCAGGAUCCCACAAUCCUGAAUCAGAUACUGACUACGUUGAGGCGCCUUACGUGUUCCCAAUCGUUGGUGGCCGCAAGGUCGAGAAUCUCAGAUCCAACAUCGCAGCCCUAUCUCUCGAUCUUAUCGAAGACGACAUGGAUGAGGUCGAAUCUGCCGUUCCAAUCAAACUAGGCUAA